GCGAAUCAACAGUCGGCCGGAGAAAGAACACGAUCUAACGUCGAUAACGGACAGUCGGACGGGACGCGCAUGUGACCACAACAGAAUAUCGCGCCGUUUGUUUUUCUUCCUCCGUCGUUGCACGAUCGCCAGUCUUUAAUUGAUCCGUCUCGUGACAACUGAUUUGUCGCUCCCGUCAUACCACAGGAGCACGAUACGAUGUACGUUAUUUUAUUCAUCGACGUGAUGAAAUCGCACUUUAAUAAAGGUUAGCACAGUCCGAUAAAUCUCGCGGCGACCGUUGUCGCGUUUUAUAUUAGUGCCACUGAUCGCCACUGACUAUAUACACCGCACUGGAGCUGGAAGCAGUCGUCGAGGGGACGUGUCAUCGUUGCCAAGCCAGACGCCUACAUAUAAAAGAUAAAUCGGCAGCGGACGUUGGUGAUCGGAUGGAGGACGAGUGCGGCGACGGUGCCGGCUGAAGAAGAACGGACGGCAAAAGUUAUCGUCGUCGUCGUCGUCGUCACGCGUGCUGCAGGGCAGCGUGCACGGACAUCAACGACACGAGGUGUGAUGACGUCUCGUUCGCAGCCUUUGCCGGCGUUAAUGACGGCGUUCUUUAUCGCGCUCCUGUUGGAUGCCAUUUCCGCCACUGUUUCCAUCACACGGCAUCAUCGCGGAGACGUGUUCGACGUGUCAGACGUGAAAUGUUCGAUGGAAACUUGUGUUGGUGUAAGCAGCGGUACAGCGUCGCUGGUCGACGGUAUCGUGUCGGUAGAACGCGAUUACCCGUCAUCGGUCGGCAGCAGAGGCUACAAACAAUCGACUGGAACGUCAACAGAAUCGUUACAAAAUGGCAAUUGCAGGUGUCAGUGUAUACAACCUGUGCCCGUAUUCAGGGAUGACUUACGGAUAUGCGUCGAUGAUCUGCAAGAAUGUUCGUUAGCUUCAUUCGUGUCUGGCACAACGAUACAAAAGAUACCUUACGUAUUUUUACCACUACAAGGACAAAUUGUAUACCCUAGUGCUGAAAUUAAAAUUACUGGUAUGCAAUAUCCUAUUUGUGCUAUUUCAAAAGCGACAUAUCUAACACGAGGAGGUUGGAUAAAUUUUAAAAAUCAAUCAGACUUCGAAAUUCCUUUCCAAAUACACCGCGAAAAUGGACAUAUCAUGUUAUUAUGGUUAGGUGAUUUACAAUCGAGGACCAACAUUGAAGGGAGGCUAGUAUUGAUUGAAAUGAUUUGUAAAGAAACAUUAUCACAAGAUUAUGACAGCAGUUUUGAUCAAGCCAUAACACCUUGCCUUUCGUUUAGAAUAGCAGGAACUCCAAGUGUAAAAGAAGUUUUAUUUUCAACUGACAAUCGUUCAUCGGAUAAUGCUUCAAGUUCAGGAUUAACAAUAAGCGAACUAAUAGCUGUGGCAAUUUGUUCAAUUCUGUUAGGACUAAUGUACGUAGCGUCUAUUUUGUUGUAUUUGCAUGUCCGUAAAGGGCGACCUAAAGGACGAAAUGGAGAUAUAGAGGCGUUUAAAAAUCCAUUAAUGUCGAACGGUAUUACUGAAGAGGGUAUAGUAAAAAACAACCCUCUGUUACAACACAGUUACAAUGAUAACGAGGCCUUUGAGUCAGAUGAAGACAGAAAUUAUAGUAUAAAUACACAAGGAGAAUCUUCUAUGGAUAUGAUAGAAAAUAAUAAUAUUAAUAGAAAUUUAACAACAGCUAUUGUACAUCCUGUUCAGUCGUUUAACUCAUGUAUUGGCCAUUCAAUGUAUUAUUCAGAUUCAAAUUCUAUAGAAAAGCAUCCAGAAGAGGACAUUUCAAUUGUAGAAACACUAGAUAACAAAGAAGAUCGACCGGAUAAUAUUAGAUCGAUAGUGUGUGCUAAUCCAAGAAAAAAACUUUAUUUCAAUCCUGACUAUUUUGAACUUGAAUUAUUAAUGGCUCCUCCGCCAGCAGCGUUAGAAUUUUUAGAAAAAAUUCGUGAAGUAAUACACGAAGCAAAAAGAAAAAUAACAAUGAAAAAGUUCAUACCAAACCUCGUUAUGAUUUUAGAAGAUGCAAAUGAAAACACAAAUGAAUCAUUAAGUUCUUGUAAUAAAUGCAAAACUCAAUUUAAAAUUAAAUCAGACACAAUACAAAAAUGGUUGAUGAAUGUACCUAUAGAAGUUACCAAGCAAAAAAAAAACCAAGCUCCUUGUAUUCCCAUUGAGUUAAAAGAAAAAGUUGACGAAAAAGAUGGAAUUGACUUGCUACUUAAGGAAAACGAAAUAAAAUCAAAAACUGACGAAGAAGAAGUAGAAGAAGAAAAAAAAUUAGUAGACGAAGAAAAAUACGUUGAUGACGACGAUGACGAGGAAGAGAGUACUCACAUAGAGUGCGAUAGUUUAGAAAGAUCAAUGGAUUAUAAACGAAAAUGUGGAUAUCAUACACCAUCUGAGUACGGAUUUGUAAGACCAGACCUAAGUCCAGUUUUAAGUAAUUCUGCAUUACCAAUGGAAGAAGAACUUACAAUUAAAACCACAUAUACUUAUGAUACUAUCACAAAAAGAGAAAGCUUUUAUGAACAUAUAUCUGGUCCGGACUGUAUACGAGAAAAACCCAAAAAAGAAAUCUUACCCGAUAUAUUAAAUAGGUCAUCUGAACGUUAUAGUUUAGUUAGUGAAGUAUAUGUAAACGAUAAUUUUAACACUAGCAUGUCACCUAAUAAUUCAUUGGAUAAAAAAAUUAAAAAGAAGAGUCCAGGUCAAAUAACCAUUGAAGUUGAAGACUGUCCCGACAAUCAUCCAGCAGAAGAUUCGGAUAGUUUUGAACCAGAUACGUUAGAUAGAAACUGCACAAAAACAAAACCAAAUUUGAAAACAGUAUACUCUUCAGACUCAUUAGAACAAUUCAAUAGUCCAAAAAUCAUAAAUAAUAAUGGAUUUGGUAGUUUAUUAGAGAUAUACGAAGCCAAGAAUGUCAUGGCUGAUGUGCAAAAGAGAAGGCAUAUGAGCCAACUCGAGGCCAAAUACUUAAAACCAGAUCCAAAACACUGUAGAAGGCAAAGGUGUCCAUCGCCUUUAUCUUUACAAAAACCUCCAAAAAACGUUUGUGUCAGAAGCACUAGCAAACCCGGAGUCAUGCAAUCCGAUUGCGCUAGCUCAAAAUUUAACCGGCGAACCCACGAUAUUAUGGCUGGUGCUUCUGACAAACAAGCUGUCAAAAGUUCGCCAAUUGAUCAAAACAGAUAUGAAGACUCCGGGUAUCUUAGUACUGAAUCUAAUGAAUCUCUCAACAAAGUGGUGGCUACUAGUCUAGAUACAGAUGAAUCUGGGGCAGAAAGCAUAGACACAGAUUUCAAAUUUUUUAAAACACGUACAGACCGUAAUUACUGUGAUUGGUAAUCAAUAAUCAUAAUUUAUCCAAAGAUAUAGUUUUUGAUCUAUUUAUUUUUAAUUAGUUAAGUUAAGA